AUGGCUGCCUUGCUCCCACCUCACCGGACUGGGAGUUACUGGGCCAAAACCCACAGCAACAACGUCAAAAAGUUCAUGGGCAAGACUGUGGCUGGCUGUAUUAAGCUCAUCCAAGCUUGUAAGAGCAUUGAAGACUUGAUCAUGCUCAUGAACGAGGGAAACAGGUACUUCGCUUGGAACUUCAUGAACCUGGAUCAGGACCAUUUGAAGACAGGGACCGUCCAAGGCCUCAAAGAGUUUACGUCCAAUGGCCUGGUAGAUGGCGCGAGCGACGUGCGUUAUCUCAAUGCGGUCUUCAGCAACAAAACUGGCGCCGCUACGCUGGUCACGCCGGAGAUACCCAGCAAUGCUGAGCUAGAAACCAAGGUCAAGGAAGAUCAGAAGAAGAAUCUCAUGCUGAGGAAGUUGAGCGAAAAGCUGGCGGCUGAGGCUGCAGCAAGGAAGGCUGCUGCCAGUGCUGGAAAUGGCAGGGGCAAUGGCGGUCGGAGAUUCUAA